AUGUACGAAGGGAUUGACAACCUGAAAUCCCUUUACGAACGUGCCGGUAAGACUUUCUCCGGCGUUCCUUCUGCGGCACAGGAUGUGCCGCGUCGUACUGCUCAACCAGACCCAGUACGUCAACCAUCAAUUGGGAGCGGGGCUCCCAAUAAUCCCAGGACGGGGGAUAGCCGCGCCACCGGACGAGGUAACUCGUCCGACGUCCGUUCACGUCGCGGUGGUUCAACAGCUGCUCAACAAGAUAGCGCUGGCCACCGCGAGAGUCCUCUAAUGGAGGUGGAGGCUGAGGAAAGAAGCUCUCCAAACGAUCGUGGGGAUCCGUGUGUUCCGAGAGCUUCUGUGAUCGCGUAA